GGUGCUAAGAAGGGCGAGGCGCAAGGAGUGAGUGGAUGUGAGUGAGCAUUUCCUUCCACCACAGUGGAGUUGAAGUGCCUGUCGUCUUUCGUCAAGCUCUUCUUCUGCUGGUGCCACAGAGAGGCACCACGACACACCAACGCAGAUACCGCUGCCAUGGUAUAUGAGCAGGCCGGCGACAGAGACGCACAGCACAUCAUCACACAGAAUGAUCUUCAUCGCAUCUCUCUCUGUGUUGGCUCUUCUGCAUGGGCGUGUUGUGUUGUGUGCCCGUCUUGUGUGUGUGCGCGCAUGGCGUGGCGUAGAACAAGGCGCAGCGGGAGAAGGUGACUCAGUUCCAGAAUGUGACGGGGGCGCCGCAGAAGGUGGCCAAUGACUACCUUAAACGAUUCAGCUGGUGCGCCGCACUCUGAAAUGCACCAGAAGGUCUGAUCUCAUGACUGACAUAACAUGCUUGUCUGUAUGAUUAGGUCCCUCGACCAGGCUGUGGACAAUUUCUUUGCUGAAGGUGCGUGAGUGGGGGUGUGUGCAGAGAGGUGCAAAGAUGGGUGGGUGGAUGGAUAGCCAGGCACCAAGUAUGUGCAGACGGGGGGGACAUGCCUUUCUGUCUGUCUGUGUGUCUGUCUGUCUGUCUGCAGGCAAUUCCUUUUCGGCCAAGAACCCCAAGACGGACACAAAGAAACUCGAGAACUUCUUCAAGAAAUACAAAGGUAACCAACCACACAGACAGACCAGCCAGCACGAAGGAUGCAACACACAUACAGAGAAAGCUUUGCUCUCCUUGCCUGUGUGUGUGUGUGUCAGAGAACGACCCGAAUGCGAUGGAGGAGCACAUCGGCAUCGACGGCACCCAGCAGCUGUGCAAAGACAUCGGUCGGUAUGCACGCAGCCAGGCAGCCAGGCAGAGGCAAUAAAGGAAACAUCACGCACAUAUCGGUGUCGCUCUUGUGUGCACGUCUGUCUGUUAGGGGUGGAGGUGAGUGAUCCCGUCACCCUGGUGCUGGGCUACCACUGCGGCGCCAAGAACAUGGGUACGUCUGGCGGUCGUGUGCGCGCCUGGCCGGCCGGCCGCGCAAUCGUGCAUGCCACGCCUAUGCUGGCUGUGUGACUGUGUGGGCGGCACUAACAGGUGUGUUUACGAAGGACGAGUUCACCAAGGGCAUGAACGCACUCGGGUGAGCAGCUGAGCCCGUCGGGGUAGGCACUGGCCUACAGGUAGCGUGGCCGGCUGCACUAUGUCUGUGUGUGUGUGUGUGUGGUUGAUCGAUCAGUGUUGAUUCGGUGGAGAGGUUGAGGGACAAGCUGCCAGAGAUGCGGGCGACACUCAAGGUCAGCCAGCCAGCCAGCAAAGCGAAGCGAAGCGUGCGUGUGGGUGGGUGCAUGCCUGUGUUGCUGUGUGUGUCGUUUCUCUGUUUGUCUGUCUGUCUGUCUGUCUGUCUGUUUGUCUGUGUAGGAGAGGGUUCGCUGCAAGGACAUCUACGGCUUCACCUUUCAGUUCGCACUCGACCAGGGACAGCGCACCCUACGUAAUCGUCAACCGAAGACGCACACCACACAAACAUAUGUAGAGGUGUCCGUGUGCUGUGUGUGUGUGUGUGUGUGUGCAGCGCUUGAGAUGUGUGUUGAGUUCUGGAAGAUGCUGCUGCGGUGAGUGAGCGAGGCGCCUACGGACGAAAGACCCAACACAUCUCUCUCUCUGUCUGUGGACAUUUCUCUCUCUGUGCCAACACAUCAUCUCUGUCUGUGUCAGGGACCAUUUCACCCUUCUGGACGACUGGCUCGAGUUCGUCAAGGUACACAUACACACACAUCCACACUCAGAGCCAGCCGGACAAGUGACCUCUGUGUGUGUGUGGGCGUGUCUGUGGGUGGCAGGAUCACUGCAAGAACAACGUCACCAAGGACACCUGGAUGGUGUGUACGUGUCUGCCGACGGUGGAUGGAGCUCACAGAGAAGAGCAGGCACACGUGUGUAUGUGUGUGUGUGUGUGUGUUGGUGCAGAUGUUGUACGACCUGGCGACCACCAUCAGCCCCGACCUCUCCAACUACGACGGAGACGGUACGCGCAGCGCAUCGCAUCGACCCACGCGCACACCCACCAGCGCGCAAAAACCUGAUGGUCCAUCCAUCCAUCCAUCCAUGGUGUCUGUCUGUCUGAAUGGAUCAGGUGCGUGGCCUGUGCUGAUUGACGAGUUUGUCGAGUGGUGGAACGAAAACAAGAAGAACCAAGACACCUCCAUGAGCGAAUGACGCACGCACCCAGCACCACACCCACCCACAUGGAUGGAUGGAUGAACACACGCAAGCACACACGCUCACACACGUCGGUG